CGGACUUUAUUUAAUACAUAUAUAUAUCAGUGAAACGGCAGUAAUCGAUCGUGAAAUAAUUUUCACAAAGAAAAUAUUAUAUUGAUUUUCACUUUUGGUAGUGAAAAAAUGUCUGUACGGAAAAUCUCACGGCAGCCGGAAGAAGGGACCAGAUGUAGAUUUUUUUUACUGCCAAGUAUUUAAAAAACUUUGUUUUAAAUUAUAUUGAUUAUAUAGGGUAAAGUUUUGUCCGUUAUAUAUCGUUCGAAUAUAAUUACAAGUCAUUUAUUCUAAAAAUGCACAUAUAUAAUAAUCCUAAAAAAACAAUAUAUAAUAAUUUUUGUUAUAUGUACUCUGUUUAUACAUAUAGCUUACAUACUCAUUCUAUUUCAUUACGACUUAAAAGAUAUAGCAAAUUAUUUGGUAAUAUUAGAAAAUUAUAUAUAUGAACGCACGUUGUGUAUAUCUAGUGAUUUUUAAUUCUUUUUACAAUUUUUUUUCUUAUGAAAAAUAUAUUACAGUAGACAACACAAUAUUGAUAACGAUAUUAAUACAUCAACUAAUAUAUACAGUUGAAAACCCUCGUCCGGCCACCGUAUUAAAUUUCUUUUGAUUUAAUCUAUCAAAAAAAUAUGAUCUUGCAAUUGAUAAAAAAUAAAAUCUUUAAAUUACUGUAUAUCACAUAUACUUUAUAUAUAUUUGUGAUAUAUUUGUAAUAGCAUUAAUAAAAAAGAAAAGCGCAAGAAAAGUAAUGCAGACAAUAUAGUAGAUUAUUACCAAAUUGUACAAUUGUGUGAAGGGGUUCAAGAAUUUUAUAAAUUUAUGAAAAUAUAUAAAGCACAUUUUUCACGAGUAUACGUGGCACGACUUGAGAAUUACAUAAUAUAUGCUAGGCAAAUAAAAAGUAAAUAUAAUUGAGUGCCUAGCUAUAUCCAUUAUUUUUAAACAAAAUGAUGGUCAAUGCAUAUUUUUCCUUGUACGGGUAAGUGUAAGAUGAAAACAAAAAUUGCACAUACAUACGAGUGUUUGUAAUUCUGAAUGAUUCAAUAACGCGCGCGUGUGAUAUUUCUCUUAUAGUAAUAUUAAACUGAACUUUGUAACAUUUGUAAAAAACAAAAAACAAAAUGAAAGAAAGAGCUGGACUUCUAUUCAUAUGGAAAAAAAAAAAAAACAGAGUAUUGAUAUACAAAUAACUAAACAAUUCGAUUUUUUAAGUUAUGCAUAUUAAAAAAUGGCAUAAAUGUCCCUUUAAUAUUUUUUGUAUUUAACUAUCAGUAUGGAUCUAUGAUAAUAGAAAACUUCAAUAAAUUAUCUUAGCAAAUAAUAAACAAUGAAAAUUAAACUAUGAUGAACCGAUGCAAAAAUUGAUAUAUAAGUUUUUAAAUAAUAAUAAUUAAAAGUAAUAAUAUGAUGGAGAUAUGUCGUAAUUGUUAAAUUGUAUUUGCAUUGGAUUUGUUUUCAUUGAAAGUACUUUCUUUUACUAUUUUCGUAUAUAAGUUAUCUUAUUUAAUUCAUAAUAAUGUUUUUCAAUAAUUAUUAAUAUGUAUUUUUACUGAAUGAUUACUUUGUAUUUUUCUGUAUGUAAGCAAACAUAAUAACAGUAGUAAUAAUAAUGAUUAUUAUAAUAAUUUUGUUUUAUAUCAGCUUUCACAAAAUCAAAAAAUCUAUCAUAUUUCGACUCUUGUACUGACAAAUCACGGUUAUAAUACUUUGUAGUAUGAGUAUCCUGUUUAUUAAGAAUUAUUUCCUCUCAUAUAAAAAAGACGUAUAGGCUCAUCCAAAUAUGGCUCUACAAAAUAUAUUAAAUUAAUUUUACUGAAAUGAAUUUUCGUAUUUUAAUAAAAUACGAUAGCUUCAUAUAUAUUUGGAACAUAAAAUUUUAAAUAUAUCUUGGUUUGAUAUUUUUUGAAAUAGUCACUGACAUUGAAGUAAUGAUUUUUGGAUACAAAUAUCAUAAUAGUAACUUGAUUCUUGAAUUUGAUCAUUUGCUUUAUUAGAAAACACUAAGCAUUUUUGAAUAAAAUUUUAGAAUAAAAAUUAUAGGGUCCACUGCAUGAUGUAAGUAAAUCGCGAAAAUUACCAAUUGCUCUAUUAAUCAUUGUACAAAUUCUAAAUAUGUCAGGAUUUUUAGCUUCUUUUCCUAAAAAAUGAAUCUAUACAAUAUAUAACUAUUUAAACAGUUAUUUCUAGUUCUCAUUGUAAUUAUUCUUUUAUCUUUCCAUGUUUUUAUACUAGUAUUUCAAUAGAUCGACAAGCAACAAUAUUACUACUUUUUAAUUUAAGUUUUUUACUUAUUUCUAACAUACUUUUUUGAUUGAAUUGAUGAUUUGAAUGAAUUGUUUCAAUAAUAUAAUACUUUAAUUCCUAUAAUAUUACUCUGUAGAUGUAACAUCCAAAGAAAAUUGGUUGAAAUCUUUAUAUUUUAAAUAUGCUAGAAAAAAAUAAUAUAGUGAUGACCAGUAGUCCUCUACAUUAGGCAUUUUUGUAAUAACCAAUUUUCAAUAUAAUUCCUGUAAAUGCAAAUAUUUGAUAAUGAUCACCCCUUUUUUCCAGAUAGAACAAAUUUUGACAAAUUUUUCUUUGUAAUUUUUACCUUGAUAUAUUUAUUCAUUCUUUUACAAUAUGUUCAAGUAAUUGAUCUGUGUCUGUAAAAAUUUGUGUAUGAUAUUUUUGAAUCCUGUUGAGAAAUUUAUUUUUUGAAAAUUUAUAUCUUCUUAUAAGUUAAUAUCAGACAGUAGUUUCUUUUACAUCAGUUAUAUAUUUAUAUAUUCUUCGAUUAUAGUUUUCUUUUAUAAACUAUAUUACUACCAUUAUCAGAAUUACUAUUAGAAUUACUAUUAUUAUAAGAUCUUAUAUUAUCCCAAAUAAAAUUCAUCAUUACUACUUUAAAGGUUCUCAAAUUCAUUAUCAACUUUUUUAUGUGCUGUUUAAAAAUAAUUAUUUGCAAAAUAUUAAAACAAAAAUAUGUAUUAAUAAUGAAAACUCAAUUAUAGAACGAUGUAAUACAAGAAUUAAAACUUCCUAAUAUAAGGUCAUUUCUGUUGUUCCCUGGUAAAGUAUAUGUAUUGGUUAGAAUUAUUUUUAUUUACAAAGGCUACCGUAUGAUCAAUUAUUAUCUGAAAAUACUAAUCCUAUCGAUUAAGGAUCUGAGAUUCAUGUUUUGUUCAGAAGAAUAUGUACAGUACAAUACAGAUAAGUUGCUUAUGCCAGGAAUAUAUCAACAUCUGACCGUAAAGGAUGAAUUCACUUUAUUUGAGGAAAAUUCAUUUUUUAUUAUAUGAAAUGUUAUAUUUAUCAUUUCUCGGCAACUAGAAAAUAUAAAUAUAAAAGGAAGAAAAAAGAAAAAAGUAGAAUAUAACAAGAUACAUUAGCAUGUAGUAUAAUUAACGAUAAAAGUGCUGAAUUGAGUUAUGUAUUGUUGGAAAAAUGCUUUAAAACUGCCUUUUCUAUACAAUUAUGAAAACGGAUAAAGAAUUUUAACUGUAAUGAAAAAAUUUGUAUAAAAUCCUGAUGCAUUUAAAAAUUACACUUUUUUAAAAGAAAUAAAAAUGUCAGAAGUAAUUGUAUUAAGUGAUUCCAACGAAUCUGAUUCAUCGAUAAUUAAUCAAAUUAAUCCAGAAAUAGAAAAUUCUCAACAGCAUUCUUCAUCUGAUGAUUUUGAUUUUCCUGAAGUUCAGUUUGAUUAUAUUACUAAUAAAAAUAAUAUUACUGAUACGAACAAACCAUGUCAAAGACAAUGCGCCAUAAAUGAUAAUUCUAAAUCAUUGAAUGUUAUUUCAAAUGUUGAAACUAAUAAUGAAAUGUUUACAAGUACGCUUUCUAGAAAGAGAUCUUUUACGCAUGAUAUGUCUGAUUCUUUUGAAUCUGAUCGAUAUGAAGAAAAUAUUUGCACAAAUCAACAAUUGUUUAAAGAACCAAUAAAAAAGAGUAAAUAUAAAUUGAAAGAAGAACGUCGUAAAAGACAAGAGAACUUAAUAAAAGAAAAAGCAUUAAAAGCAAUAACAGCUAAAAAAUUAAAGAAUAUUAAACCAGGUGAAUGUAUAAAAUUUAUGAAAGUUAUUUUGGAUAAACGUAUAGAAGAAUAUAACUUUCAUCCAGAAAUUCUAGUAACAUUAAAUGAUACAAAUGUAUCAUAUAAUUUUAUCUCACAUUUAAUUCCUAAGAGUAUAACUUGGGAGAGAAGUAUAGAAAAAGAUAGCGUAAAUGAAAAUAAUAAAAUAUACACGAAAACUAUUAAACAAACUGAGAAACAUAUAAUUGUUAUUUGGAAUUGGAAUGAGGUAGUAGAAAAAUUAACGGACGAUAGUUUUUGUACAAGUAUUUCUUAUAUAAGGACUUUAUUGCCAGAUUAUAAUAUGACCUUAGUUAUUUUUGGUAUACAAGGAUAUUUUCUAUAUUAUAAGAAAAAGAAUAAAUUAAAAAACAAUAAGGGUUCAGGAAGUAAGUCAUGUAAUAAGAUUGAAGACUUUAAAGUAUAUAGGGAAUCUCCAGAAAUUUCAAAACAACAACUAGAAAUGUGUCUUGCUGAAAUUCAAAUAAUUAAUAAGUGUAAUAAUAGACUUGUUGAAAAUGCAGCAGACUUAGCAUUAAUGAUUUAUCAAUAUACUAAAGCUAUUGCAGAAAUACCAUAUAAAUUAGAAAAGAAACAACAUUUUGACAAAGAAUAUAAUUGGUACAUAGCAGGAGAUAAUAGAGACACAGUACGGGUAGAUAAAGAUGGAAAUGGAUUGAAAAGAUUAUGGCAACAACAACUUUGUCAAUUUAAUUUGAGUAGCCUGGAAAUUGCAGAAGCUAUUUGUUCUGUAUAUAAAAGUCCAGCGCAGUUAGUUGAGGCUUAUAUGAAUUGUACGUCUACAGAUGGUAGCAAAUUAUUAAAAGAUCUUCCUAUUAGAAGAGCAGUAAGACCCCUUUCAACAACCAGACGAGUUGGUCCUGAAUUAAGUAAAAAAGUUCAUAUCAUGUUUACUUCUGAAAAUGGUGAUAUUUUGCUUGGUAAUGAUUAAUAAAGAUAUAUUUUUUAUCUGCAUUAUCAUUUACUAUGAAGAAGUUAUAGUGAAAUAUGAUGAAUGUUUAUUACAUUAUAAGAUUUUUAAUUUGUGUAUCCAUGCAAUACAUUGUACAAAUUUUCAAUAUAUGACUACACAAAACAUUUUUAUAAAUUUAUAAUGUGUAUAUAUUUAUUAAUAAAUUUUAUAACACUUA